CCGUUUAAUUUCUAAACACAACAAAAAUGGUGAAACUUCACGUGAAAAAGGGCGACGAGAGUCAAUUUCUUUACGAAACUAAUGUAAAUGCAUCGGUGGAGGAUGUCUUAAAUGAAAUAACUAUCAUUUACAACGGCCGACUGAAGAUUUUGAGAAUAUGUUAUGAAAUCGAAGAUUUAACAAAACACGGUACUAUGUUACCACCAAACAUUAUGGGACUUACGGAUGAACAAGUGGAAGAACUUAAGCUUAAAGAUGAAUGGGGUGAAAAGUGUAUACCCAUGGGUGGAUGGACAUUUAACAAGGAUCCCGUAGGUCGAAGAAAUGGUCGUCAGCCUAACGAUAAGAUGCAAGAGGUAUUGAAAAAAACCGUGGAAGAUGCUAGAACCAUGAUAUCCAAGAAAUUGGUUCAACAAGAUAAACUCCUAACGCAAAAGAUUGUUCAAGAUGCUCUAGACAUACUUAGAGGAGCAGUAACUAUAGUUUAUCCUAUGGGUUUACCACCUCACGACGUGAUACGUCAAGAAUUUGAGAAUACUGAAAAUUUAACAGGGACUCAAGCAUCCUUAGAGGUAAUGGACAUUAAUUUAGCGCAGUUAUGGUUUUCCGGUAAGGAAAUGAUUCAAGGAAAGAAGUUAAAGGAUUUCCUAGGCUCGAACGAAAAAACGAAAGUCAUCGUGAAAUUGCAGAAAAGAGGAACUGGGAUGCCGGGACGGGAACCUUUGAUGUCAGAAGACGAAAGAAAAUUGUUGAUGAUGCACGCUUACAAACGACAGGAACAAAUGAAGGUUGGUACCUAG